AUGGCUUCAUCAAACAGACACUGGCCUAGCAUGUUCAAGUCCAAGCCUGCAAACUGCAGCACCCACCACCAAUGGCAGCAUGACAUCAACCCUUCUCUCGUUUCAAAUGGAUGUCACCGACCAUCUUACUCCUCAGUCGCUGGGUGUGAAGAAAGAAGUCCGGAGCCAAAGCCUAGAUGGAACCCAAAACCAGAGCAAAUUCGCAUCCUCGAAGCCAUCUUCAACUCUGGGAUGGUGAACCCUCCGAGGGAUGAGAUUAGGAAGAUCAGGGCUCAGCUGCAAGAGUAUGGCCAAGUUGGGGACGCCAACGUUUUCUACUGGUUCCAGAACAGGAAAUCACGAAGCAAGCACAAGCUUCGCCACCUCCACAACUCAUCCAAACAACAACAAACCCAUCACCACACCCACCUUCCUCUCACCACACCCGUCUCCACAAGCACUCUCAACAUCAUCAAUGCUGCUGCCCCUUCUUCCUCCUCAUCCUCCUCUGAAAAAUCAUCUCCCAAAUCAGCACCAAACAACAAGGCCUUCUCCAUGGGGUUCUCCAACGUUUCUGCUCAUGACGUUUCAAUUAACUCUCCAACUGCUUCUGUGAACCAGCAGCGCAGCUUCUUUCAGCCUCAUCAUCAGCAUCACAGCGAGGUCUUGCCCGAACCCUUCCUUUUUCCGAUGCAUCCGAAUCCGAAUUGCAAUUUCACGCAAGGGUUUUGCUUCUCUGAGCUGUCUAAUGUGGUUGAUGUUCCCAACCAUGGAACUCAUGAGCAAACUAAUAACAACACUGGGCCUUGCACAAGCCUGUUGCUGAGUGAGAUCAUGAGCCAUGGGGCAGCAAUGUCAAGGAAAGAAUACCAUCAAGAAGAUGAGAUGAAGGUCAUGAACAUGAAGAACAUGGACCCACACCACCUCAAUUACAGUCUCAAUGUCACCACCACAUCUCCAACAAGCCAUACUAAUAUGGUUGCUUCUCACACCACUGGCCCCACUACUAGUGUUGCUGUUCCAUCCCCCAUGAUUCACAACAUUCAAGGUGGUGUUGGGGAAGCGGGUGCAAUGGGCGCGGGAGGUGCGGAGAAAUCAACGGUGUUCAUAAACGACGUCGCAUUCGAGGUGGGUGCGGGUCCCUUCAACGUGCGUGAGGCUUUCGGGGAUGACGCCGUCCUCAUUCACUCCUCUGGUCACCCCGUUCUCACCAAUGAGUGGGGUCUCACCCUCCACUCUCUCCACCACGGCGCUUUCUAUUACCUCGUAAUUAAUUUUAAUUAA